AUGGCUAGCUUCCGACUGCUUUUGAAUGAUAGUUGUGAAGGCAGUCGCCGCCAUAUUAUCUUAGGGCAUUUUCCGAUACCUUUGUUCACUCUUGAGUCCGAGAGGGACCGCGACGCUAUGAUUACUCUGUUUUGGCCGCAGCGUGGGCCCACGCGUAGCCAGAUUCGAGCCAGCUCAGACACCGGGUCUAGCAGGGCAGUGCUCCUUGGCUCGGAAAAGAGAGUGGCCCUUGGAUUGGGGAUCCAGGACUUGGGGACUGGAAGAAUCCAAGCGCCGCACCAGCACCGUUCCGCACUUGAAGCCCAGAGCCUGGAUCCAGCCGAGGAGGCUGUGAGCUGUGAAGCUUUACCGCCACGGCCGAGUAUUUCUUCUCGGAGAAGUGAAAUCGGAGGCGCAGAAGGCUCUUUACCGAAAGUGAUGUAG